GAGCGAGGAGAAUAAUAAGAACAAGAUGUCUGGCGCGAUGAAGGUGCUGUUGUUUGUUCUGCUCCUUGCUCUCGUCGCUGUGGUGGUGCUGGCUGUGAUAGUGGCCACCAAUAAGAUCAGGGACGACGACAAUGAGCUCAUGAAGGACUCACAAGAACUGCCAGAGAGAACCGCUCGUAUAAUGAACAACAUCGAUGCCAGCGUACACCCUUGUGACAACUUCUAUGACUUUGCGUGUGGCGGGUGGGUCAAGAAGCAUGAAUUCCCAGAGGACAAGCAUAGCAUCGAUGUUAUAUCCGAACUCGAAAAUGAGGUGGAUGAUGAAUCAUCGAGGAUCUUGGGGGAACCUCCCUCAAAGGAAGAUCCGAAAUCUGUGAGGAGUGCCAAAAACCUUUUCCAAUCUUGUCUUGACAUGGAGACAAUCGGCAAACGGGGCGGCCAGCCUUUCAAGAAUUGGCUCGUGGCCACUAUCGGACACUGGCCUCUCAUCUCUUCAGCUGAGAUAGGCUACUCUUUUGAGCUUACUGACGUCUUGAUCGACGCUGGCAAGAAAGGGUCUUUCCCUCUGGUACAAUUCUUUGUCGGUGUAGACCCCAGAAACACAGGCACCCACGUACUGAAGGUGACAAAAAGUGUUUUGUUGUAUUGACGGAAAGCAUUUAUU